CUUCCUGGUACCUAAUCAACUCGCGAAUCCGCAAAACCAACCCCAAUCGGUUAACUUGAAAGGAAAGAGAAUGGCGUGGAGCCACUGAUUGAGCAUCAAAAAGACAAAAUAUAAAUAGAAAAAAAGGCGCCCAUAGUUUUCCUUCUUUACCAUUUUCAUUUCUGAAAAGCCAAACCCGACCAAACAAAAAAAGAAAAUGAACGAAAAUCCCAACAGAGCCGAAGCAGAACGGCUGCUAGGAAUCGCCGAGAAGCUCCUCCAGUCCCGCGAUUUCAAUGGCACAAGAGACUUCGCAGUUUUAGCACAAGAAACAGAGCCUCUCCUGGACGGUUCAGAUCAGAUCUUAGCGGUGGCAGACGUUCUUUUAUCAUCAGACAAGCGCAUUAAUAAUCACCAUGAUUGGUACUCCAUCUUACAAAUCGAUCGGCGUUCCGAUGAUCAAGAUCUCAUCAAAAAACAAUAUCGUCGUCUCGCAUUACUCCUUCACCCAGACAAAAAUAAAUUCCCUUUCGCAGAUCAAGCUUUUAAGCUCGUCGCUGACGCCUGGACUGUUUUAUCAGAUUCUUCUAAAAAAUCAUUAUACGACAACGAAUUGAGUUUGUUUUCGAGGGUAGAUUUGUCUAAUUCUGCUAAAUUACCUGUGCGGAGAAGCCAGCGUCCCGCAGCCGCGAGGAAACAUACAGAGGAAAGGGUCCAAACUAAUUAUAAUAGUAUAUCGCAAGAUCGGAAUCAAAAGAUGAAACUGUCUUCGUUUUGGACUGCCUGUCCCUACUGUUUAAUAUUAUAUGAGUAUCCUCGUGUUUAUCACGAUUGUUGUUUGAGGUGUCAAAAUUGUCAGAGAGCGUUUCACGCUGCCUUGGUACCGUCUUUGCCGCCUUUGGUCCCGGGGAAAGAGGCGUAUUAUUGUUGUUGGGGAUUUUUCCCUCUGGGGUUCAUGUUUGAUGGAGAGAAAAACACUGCAGGGUCCGGGUCGGGUCAGGCGGGUGUGUUCCCUAAUUGGAUGCCGCCAAUUUUUGGUUCAGGGCAGCAAGUUGGUGAUAAAAAUGGUGGUGGGACCCCGCAGACGCCAGUGUUUGCUGAUAAAAUUAGCAAUGUAAAUACAAGUGGUGGUGCAGCACCAUCUAGGACUGUUGUUGCACCGGCUGCAGCUGUAGCUGCAACUUCACCAGCCGCGGCUGCCAAUGUAAGAGCAGCUGUGGGGAGAGGUGGCGGAGUGGUGGGGAAUGGAACUGGGUUUGCUCCAAAGAAGAGAGGAAGGCCAAGAAAAUAUCCAUUACCAGGUCAAAGUAUUUAAGCUGAUCGAGGGUAUAGAAGGUUGAAGGAAAGUGGUAUUUGUAACUGCUACACUCGGCAAGGUAUAUGGGUGUUGUUGUUGUUGACUUGUUAUAGCUGUACUUCUUGCUUUUCGUUUUCUUAAUUCUUGGUUGUCUGUACAGUUGUUUAGAUUUUCUUUUUCUUGCAACUGACUUGUUAAAUUUAAGGUCAUGAUAUGUAGCAAUAUCAUCGUAGCAAGUCCUCACUAUCAAUUGGAGCAUGUUAUUUGAUGAAAAUUGUACAUUCUGAAAA